AUGCAUCUUUUUUGGCUGAAGACGGAGACGGUUCUCUCUGGCGACGUGGGGCAAAGGCGGGCGCAAGGGCGGGCUCACGCAUUUGCCGUGAGAACAGGCUUGGCACGGGCUGCAGCUGAUUGCGGCCAUCCUGAACGCAGGAGGGAUACUUGUCGGGACACGAUGUUCCGCUCUCAUCGAGAUGAUCGCUUACGGAGGCAUAGUCGAAGCCCCGUCCGCCGCGAAAGGAUUGACGAGCGCACGCGGGAAUACGAGCGUCCAAGUCGCCGGAGCCGAAGCCGGAGCAGAAGCAGGAGCAGAGACCGAGCUCCAAGCCGCCGGCAUGGGGACCGCAGCCGCAGCAGAGAGCGCGGCUAUGACCACUCGUACGGGCGUGUGGAGCGGGACAGGGAGGCAGAGUAUGACCAGUACGCGGCUUUUGGGGGCUACGGUUAUGCCGGCUAUGGCAUGUACCCUGCAGCGCCGUAUGGGGGGCCGGUGCCAGGCUUGCUGGGCGACUCAUGCUUUGUGUGUGGCGGGAUCGGGCACAUUGCUCUGGACUGCCCCAGCCGGGAGACGCUGCAGCGCGGACGGGUGGGGGUCGCCAGGAUGAGCCGGGAGCGGGAAGUGGAGAAGUGCUUCGAAUGCGGGAAGCAGGGGCAUCAAGCAAGAGAGUGUCCGUUUGCCAAGACAGUCCAUGAGAACGGCGCCCCCGUCCCCCGCUGCUACACCUGUAACGCUGUGGGCCACAUUGCACGGGACUGCCCCCAGCUUACCCCUCCUGCCCGCAACCGCAGUCCCCCUCCUCGUCGUGCGGACCGAGUCCCUGAUGAGGAUGACAGACCGCGACGGGAUCGGGAGAGAGCAGCCGACAGGUCCCCCAAAAGAGAGCGCUCACCUGAGCGGCGCCGGUCGUCCCUUCCUCCGCCUCCUCCCCCUCCCCUCGGUCGCCCAGGUGGAAGCGAACUCGGGUGCUUCAUCUGCCAUGCGACGGGGCACUUCGCCCGAGAUUGUCCGGAGAGGGGCGGCCCCAAGGACCCCCGGGCUGACGACUACAUUCGCAGCAGAGGGUAUGGUCUUGGCGUGGGUCCUGGCAUGGUGGGCCCCAGCCUGGCGUAUGCAGCAGCGUACAGGCCGUCGGCCAUCCCCGUUACUAAGCCCCGCCGCGGUGAGGCGGUCUGCUACGAGUGCGGGCAGGUCGGACACUUCGGCAGGGAGUGUCCUGUACGGCUGGCUAACCAUGGCCGGAGGGGCGAUUACAGGUUUAGUAGGGAAGAUCGGGAGGAAAGGAUGGAGCGAAGAUUUGACGAGGACCGUAAGGAGGCUGCCCUUAACAAUGAUUUGGAAGACUACAUGAAAGCAAAGCCUGCAAAGGAGAGAGAUCAUAAUGGUGGUGAUAGGGCUGAGCGGGAUGGGAGUGAGGCUCGGGAACGAGAACCAAGCAUGGGUGGUUCUCGAGAGGGCAGCAGUGAGCGCAAAAGAGAUGGGAGCAUGGAGCGCAGGGGUGAGAAUUGAUGGGACGAAUGAAGGUGCAAAUCACUAUGGGUACGAGGAGCUACCAUUGGCAGAUUAUGUGCGCUAGUGGUGAGCUUGAUUGCAAUCAUCUGGGCGGGUCUGAGCACAAGUGUCACACUCCAGAGCAGUGGUGGAACUUGGCAGGGUCGGAUGAGCCACCGAACCAAGAUAUUGAAGCACUUUUUAUUCACAUUCUAAGAAGUUUCUCAGGCUGCUGCAGAAGCCGUGUCGUUCUGAUAAUCUUGGAAGGCGGACCGACUGUCUGACAUGUUCUUUGGAACUAAAGUGGUG